AUGGCCAACUCCUUUUCUAUUCAUACAAAAUCCCUUUCGACCCCAGCGCCAGAAACCACUGAAAUCAACCCGGAUGGAGACAUAACAACUGCUUCGAGGAAGCCUUCGUCCUCGACCACCUCGACUAUGGAUCUCGGCUCACCUACUCGUCACACCCCGAAACGAUCGCGAACAGCGACUUCCUCACCUCCGUCCUCCUAUAGCCAUGCCUCGUCCCACCACUAUCGACCAACUUCCCGGAGUACGGCCCACUCAAACCCUACCAGCCGUCGCAGUUCGCGGCAUUCUUCGCCCCGUCGGGCGCCUACUUCAAUAUCCCUGACCCCGUCGGUACAUAGCGCGAGUCGCCGUCCGCCGCGUCAGAAACGGGAAAGCCUAUUAGCACUGCAUCGGGAAUCAUGUCGGUUAUUCCAAGUUCCAGACCAGGAGGUCAUGUCUCCCCCGCCGAUUUCGACAAAAAUGUCCGUCCAGCAUAUCUCUUCCGCUGCGUCGUCAGAUAUCGGCUCGCCACCGUUGUCGCCGGGGUUAUAUGCGCAGUCUUCCAUCUCCGAUCGAUCUCUAGACCAUGGCCGGCCCAGUACGAUAUACCCGAUUCCCGCAGAGCCUCCAUGCAAGGAACCAUCCAAUACAGUCAAUACAGUCAUCGACUGGACCUCCCCUUCCACCCGACGGCGGGAGUACGCAAAGAUUGACCGCGCCAGUCAUGGUGUCCGAGGACUAUGGCGCAAAGUCGCGCCACGAUGGUGCCAGUUUCGAAAUGACCGAAUGCCGUUCUUCGAGCCGGAUAAGAACGGCAAAACCAACUAUGAGGGUAGCGUGAGGCGGUUUCGAAUGGAUCUCCCUGACGAGCCGGAGCUGGCUAGAUCUCGUCGGGGAGGGUUUAGACUUGGGGGGAGGAGGCACACGGCUGUCUAA